UCCCCUCCCGGUGGCUAACAGGCUAGGCUAGCUCGCAGCUAGCUCCAGUGUAUCAGACGCACCGGCUCCAUCAACAUCACGGAGCUGCUCGGACCGAACCGACCGUCUUCAGAGCUCCACACACGGCGCGGACAGAGCGGGCACACCGAAGAGACAGACAGUAAGACAUCCACUGACCACGCGUGAAGAUGAUUAAGCUUUUCUCGCUGAAGCAGCAGAAGAAAGACGAGGAAUCUGCGGGAGGGAACCGGACGGGAGCCGGGGGGAAGAAAGCCAGCGCGGCCCAGCUCCGGAUACAGAAAGACAUCAAUGAGCUGAACCUGCCAAAGACGUGUGAGAUCAACUUCCCCGACGACGAUGACCUCCUCAACUUCAGACUCAUCAUCUCACCAGACGAGGGUUUUUACAAAGGCGGGAAAUUUGUCUUCAGCUUUAAGGUAGGACAGGGUUACCCCCACGACCCCCCGAAGGUAAAGUGUGAGACGAUGGUGUAUCACCCCAACAUCGACCUGGAAGGAAAUGUCUGCCUAAAUAUCUUAAGAGAGGACUGGAAGCCUGUGUUGACAAUAAACUCCAUCAUCUACGGCCUACAGUAUCUGUUUCUAGUGAGUGUCAUCACUUCCUGUUUGUCUUUUGAUUGGUGCAUGAACAACAACAAAAGACGCGUGUUCAGGACGAGUGUUUAGGAAAAGUGUUCAGGA